UGUUCUAGUGUGUAAAGCUGUUUCCUGCUAACUUGUAGUUUCUGUUUGUGGAUGAGGAAGCUGGUCGAUCUGCGGCAGCGUCAUGACGCAGCCUGACAUGCAUCUUCCUGCAGCACAGUUACAAGUAUACACGGUGAGGGACCAGCAGCCAGCAUACGCACAUUUAAGUGAGGAGUGUGAGGAGGAGGAGAGAUCCUGAAGGAUGCAUCUACUAGCGGAAAUGCAAUGUCAGUGUUGAAAAGGAGGAGGGGGUGUGGCGCUGACCAGCUUCCCAUUCACCAAAACAAUCAUCUCGCGUAUUCGCGCCAGAGAGACGUGCAGUGGAGCAGGUUCGGACCAGCCCACGGCACCACCCCACCCCGCUCCUAGCGAUCCAGUCUCUUUUUGGGCUGCUCACGUCCGGAACCUGCACAGAUUACGCAGAUUUUGAAAGCCUGGAUGCCAAAAACUGUACCGUGGCCUGGGGAUCCGGGAUGAUGCACUGAUCAGGUGUCCUGCUCCGCCUUACAUGCUAGCUUUUCAAUCGAAGAAGCUUCAAGUUGAGGAUUUGGAUGUCUUCCUGUGAAAAAGAUGACGUCUGUCAGUGUAGGGGGCGUGAAGGCACCAUGAGCCACAGGGGGAGCUUGAAUGUCUGUCACGUCUGAAGGCUGUGAGCCUCGUGCAGGCUGGUGAUGAGCAGUCACAGCAGCAGCAGCACCAGCAGCAGUGGUGGUGGUGGCCAGCAUGCCGAGACUCCUCCCCCUCGCCACAUGCCUGGGCCCAAGCUGCAGGUGCAGCGCUCCCUCUCGCGGGACACCAUCACCAUCCACUUCUCCGCUCUGGGGAAGGAGGAAGACGACGAAGAGGAGGAGCUUUAUGGAGUAGGUACUGGAGGUGAACGCAAGCUGCAUGGUUCUGGAAGUUUAGAGGUCUCCAUGCCUUGUUGUCAGUCUGUGGCCGAGGGUUUGGAGGUGAAAGAGGAGCUGAUUUUUGAAUCUGCUGGUGUGGAGACCACCGUUGGAACUGCCGUGCUACAUGUUUCUUCGAGUGAUGGAACUCACACAAAUGCCGCUUCUCCUGCCAUGACAAUCAUUCCCACCAGUCCCCACCUGAGCUCCACUCCUCCCACCAGCUCAUCCUGGCCUUCUGACCGUCCCUCAGCCAAUAUUCCAUCCACAACCUCUAGCUCUUACUCCCCUUGCAAGUCUGCAGGGCUUUCCUCCUCCAGACCUUUCCUCAGCCUGGUCAGGUCCUUGUCCAAUGACGUGGAGGCUCGAGAACCCACCCCGCCGCCUACCACUGUUGCCCCGUCGCACGCACGCCACAGACACUUAAUGAAAUCUUUUGUCAAGUCUCUAUCUACAGAUUCUUCAAAGGCUGAGAACCAAGAAGGGUCUCCUCAGCAUGUUCAACAAGUACAGCAAUCCCAGCGGCCCCCUCCUCGAAACAUGCAGCUCUUCAAACAAUUCUCCCAGCCUCGCCUGUCCUCCACCCCCGUCAUUGCCAGUCAGAUUGGCGGAGACUCCAAAACAGCCCCCUCCUCUCCCACGAUGUCGCCAGAUGGUCGGUCCUUCUUCAAGGUUCAAGAAGUAGAGGCCAAGAUAGAAGACACGAGGCGGAGGCUGUCAGAGGUGAUGUCAGACCCCCUGCAGCUCUUUAGUAAGAUCAUGGGGGAGGAAUCGGGCACUGGUGGUGUAGGAAGUGGGCCUCAUCGUGCCAGGUUGCUGUCCUCAAGCGCAUCGGAGCUAAGCAGCAUGACAGCGGUGAAUGGACACUCUGAAAGUAACAGCUAUAGCAUCAAGGAGGAGGAGGGAGCAGAGGGUGACGAAGAUGAAGAAACUCCCACUGUCAAGGGUCCAGACUCUGUCUUUUUCUCCUUUCCCUCACUGACACCAGCGCAAUCUCUUAGCCAGACUUCCACAUCCACCUUCCCCAGGUCCCCAUCUCUCACAUUGGGUCGCUGCUCUAUGUCGGCCCUUGUAGCUCGUCAGGAAGACGAGGACUUCUGUGAACUUUACAGUGAAGACUUUGAUUUGUGUACUGACACGGAGACGCCAGAUGGGGAUCACCUUGGAUCCCGGGGCCUCCACACUGGUAGCACUGGGUUGUGUAGUGAACUGGACAUGGAGGAUGAGGAGAAAGAAGAGGAGCAAUUGGAGACUGUGCCUUGGAUUGGCCUGGUCGCCCUGACACAGUUGGUGUACUGGUAUCUAGUCCUUCCACUGCCACCAUAUGUAUGUGCAGUGGUCCAUGGGAUUGCUGCUGGCUUUGCAUUGGCCAUCCUGGUCCUUUGGCUGUCAGCUCCACGGCGCUCCUGCUUGGCAGCAAGGACGCAGAGAAGCCAGAUAGAGCCGUGGAAUGUGGCUCAGCUUGAUAUCAAGGAACCAGGAAUAUUUAAGGGCUGGAUGAACGAGAUUCACAGCUACGACCCGGAGAUGUACCACGCCACCUUGACACACUCUGUUUACGUCCGCCUCGAGGGUUCCGUCCUGCGUCUGUCCAAGCCCAACCGCAACAUCUCCCGCCGUGCCACACACAACGAACCCAAGCCUGACGUCACCUACAUCAGCCAGAAGAUCUACGACCUCACUGACAGCAAGAUCUAUCUGGUGCCACAGAGCCUAGCGAGAAAAAGAGUUUGGAACAAGAAGUACCCCAUCUGUAUUGAGCUGGCCAAGCAGGAGGACUUCAUGUCCAAGGCUCAGGGGGAGAAGUCUGAAAGUGGGGAGGACAAGUUGUCAACACUGGGUGAGAAAGUAGAGCACAUGGACAAAACUGAAAAAUGUGACGCACCCUCAGAGGAGCGAAAGAGGCCAACCUCAGGAGGAGGGGAUCUGACAAUCUACUUGUUUGGGAGGACUGGUCGGGAAAAGGAGGAGUGGUUCCGCAGAUUUCUGAUGGCUUCCCAAAUGAGGUCCGAGGGCCGAAGUGGCAGUCUGCCUAAGAGUGCCUUUCAGCCCUCCCAAAGCCACAGCAACCAGUCUGUCGCAGGCCAGGAGGCCGACAGUGGCAGCAGCGGCCGAGGAAGCUCUGACGAACUGUGCCACCCUCAGCCCCGCCACCGGGAGAGCUCCUCGGCUUCCUCCUGUGGAGCGAGGCAGAAGAUGCUCUUGGACUACAACCUCUACAUGGCCAAGUAUGUCAACCCCCAACCUGCACCCAGAAGCCCAACCACUGCUGGCAGCCCUGAGCAGAGCCCUGAGAGAAGCCCCCAAACUACCAAAAAGAUGCACAGGAGUUCAGAAGAGCCUGCGGAACCAGAAGCCUGGGUCAAUGCUUUUCUGGGAAGAAUAUUCUGGGACUUCCUGGGAGAGAAGUAUUGGGCCAAUGUGGUCUCCAAAAAGAUUCAAAUGAAGCUCAGUAAAAUCCGGCUGCCGUAUGUUAUGAAUGAGCUCACGUUGACAGAACUAGACAUGGGCUUUUCCAUUCCCAAGAUUCUCCAUGCCUCCAAACCCUCUGUGGACCACCAAGGUUUAUGGUUUGAUCUGGAGGUCUCCUACACGGGUUCCUUUCUCAUGACCCUGGAGACCAAGAUGAACCUGGCCCGUCUGGGGAAGGAGGGCGAGGGCCUCGGCGAACACGGGAAGGAGUGGCCAAGGACUUAUUGUCUGGCAGACAGCGACGAGGAGUCGUCGAGUGCUGGAUCUUCAGAUGAGGAGAAUCCUCCAGAACUUGUUAGCAGUGACAAAGCUGUUCCCCCUGGAGGGGAAGGCUAUGUGGGAGGCCACCGACCCAGCAAGAUCAUGCGUUUUGUGGACAAGAUCGCCAAGUCCAAGUACUUCCAGAAAGCCACAGAGACCGAGUUCAUUAAGAAGAAGAUGGAGGAGGUGUCCAACACGCCGCUGCUGCUCACUGUGGAGGUGCAGGAGUGUCGAGGGACGCUGGCUGUCAACAUCCCACCGCCCCCUACUGACAGGAUAUGGUAUGGCUUCCGCAGCCCACCCCACCUGGAACUGAAAGCACGGCCUAAACUCGGAGAGAGGGAGGUGACUCUAGUUCACGUGACUGAAUGGAUUGAGAAGAAAUUAGACCAGGAGUUUCAGAAAAUAUUUGUCAUGCCAAACAUGGACGAUGUGUGGCUCCCCAUAAUGCACUCUGCCAUGGACACGCGUUCAAAUGCCAGCUCCAUUGCCAACUUAAACGAUGCCUUGAAGGGCCCAGAACCGGAGGAGUCUGAGGUCUCAUACAUGUGAAAGACAGCCUGGACCGUCUGUCUUUUCUCCGUGGCAAUAGAAGAAUAUCAGUACUGCACCUGAAGCUUCGCCAUCACUUGUGGCCAUAUUGGAAGCGUGUCUAGACUCUGUGUGGUGGCCCUUUGAUAAAUAGCCAUUUGGAUUUCAACAAUAGGAACCAUUCAACCUGUGAUGUACAGCUGCACCGAAUGUUUGGAGUUGUACAAUGUAUAUUUUUGUGACCUUUCACUAAAAGUGUGUUAGUCAGCAAACAUUUGAAGGAAAAAAGAUUUGAAAAGUACCUCCGUGUCCCUGUACAGUAUGUACACAUGGAGAGUCUGUGCCUGGUACGUAUAUGCAAACAGAUCAACAAAGAUAGAAAAAGAGAGCAUGUUACCAACUGCAGGAUGUAGUACACACUGUAGGCUUUCAACUGAAACCUGAUGUGAUGCGUAUAAAGGACUUUCAACAGUGGAUGAAUUUUAAAAAAUGAACACGCGAACACAGCAGCUAAACUUUGCAGAGGUCUGAUGAAUGUAUUUCUAAGAGUUGCUCAUUCACUUGUGCUUCUUAGCAACAUGCUUCUUUUCAUCUUACUCAAAAAUCAUGUGUUGCUGUUAUCAAUGCAUACUCUGUCCGAAUGGUGUCAAAUCAGUCAAUUACCGAGUGUUUCCUACAGAGGGCGCACUUAGAUGUGCGGUUAACGUUUGAAUUAUCAAAGCUGGCACAUCUGCAGGGGGGUGCAGGGUGUACAGUAUUUGUUUCGACAGAAUAAGAUUUAAAAAAUACUCGAGUUCUAAGAACCGAGUCAAACAAACAUGCUGUUUUACUGGAUUUUAGCCAUAUUUGUGUUAAUGUCAAUGCUUCUUUUUGCUGAUAUUUCUGUACUGUAAGCCAAAAUGACUAAAGCAACAUCUAAUUCAUGAAUCCAUUGCUUUACGUGUGACUUUUGUGUUUCAAUAGGUGUCGGUGAAGUGUAUGAGGCAGAAAGUGCCUUUAUAAUAAGCAAACAUUCCUCCAUUGUGAGCCACAAGCAUUUGUUUUGCGACCAUCAAUGGUGUGCCAUUACUGUCAUGAUGAAACAUUGCUGUUGUGUUCAGUGAUGUCAGAAUGUUCAGGUCAUUUGUGGAUCAAUAAAAAUCCUUUUUGCGCUGAUCGAGUGA